CAGCAGCACUUCCACCGCAGCCGCCGCCAUGACCCAGCUGCAAAACUCUUCAAAAUAAAACCCUUCCUUUUCCUCGCCUCCGCCGCUGUUGGCCUCCUCACCGGCUUAAAUGACUGCAUCUACGCCUACGGCGUCGCACGCCUCCCCGUCUCCACCUCCUCUCUCAUCAUCGCCUCCCAGCUCGUCUUCACCGCCGCCUUCGCCUACCUCCUCGUCAAGCAGAAGUUAACAUCGCAUUCCGUGAUCGCCGUCAUUUUGCUUACUAUCGGAGGCGCCGUCUUGGCGUUCCACACGAGCGGCGACCGGCCUAAGGGGGAGAACAGCAAGGAGUACUUGGUAGGGUUCCUCAUGACUUUGGGGGCAGCGGUGCUCUACGGCUUCAUCCUGCCGUUGAUGGAGCUG